AUGUCGUCGACCAUCAACAGCAGACCGAAGGGUGGUGCCCGCGUCAACAACACCAGCGGACGCUCGGUCGUCCUGAGUGGCAAUAUAAGCAACUCGUCGGUGAAGGUCAAGGUGGGUGACUCCCAGAUUGGCAGACCACGCCGCAUUCACAACCAGUCGGCAAUCUCCAAUCGGAGACUCAAUGGGGCGAUCGAUACGGUCCUAGACCUUGUUGGCGACAUAUACGGGAAGGUGUCCCCCCGAACCUGGGACAGGAUGUGGGCCCUGUUCGACAGGGUAUCCCUGGAGCUCCGGAGCGGCCGGCAAUCCCGCGACGGCUUCGUUAAGGCGAAGCUCGCCCAUGGGGAGUGGGGCACCCGGGAGCAGAUGAAGUAUCUGUUGGGCAUCUGGACCGAUUUCCAGAAGUCAGAUGAGGUGAAGGGAACAGGGGCCACCACCACCCACCUCCGCGCCAUCAUCAGCGCGACAAACAGCUCGAAGGCGCACGUCAGUCGUCCCUGGACGAACGAAGACCUCUCCUUGCUGAAGAGCCUUCGAGAAGAGGUCGUGGACCGCAUCCGGCGGCGGGUUGAGAAGGGAUGGACAUACGCUCAGCGUAGCAGCUCGAAGUUGACCUUCGACGCAGGCAGCGAUUACGAGACUCCAUACCAGUGA